AUGUCAAAAGUGCCCAAAUUCAACAGUGCGGGUCAUCGCAUUUACUCCGUUGCAAGGAUCUAUGCAGAUGCAAAUGAAGUCCGGCCUAGAGAAUACUGGGAUUACGAAAACUACAAGAUAGAAUGGGGCAGUAUCAAUAGCUAUGAGAUUAUCCAGAAGAUAGGCAGAGGCAAAUAUUCCGAAGUGUUCACUGGGGUCAACGUCCUUAACGACGAACCCUGCGUUAUUAAAGUUCUCAAACCAGUCAAACUCAAGAAAAUCCAUAGAGAAAUCAAAAUCCUUAAGAACUUGACGGGAGGUCCCAAUAUUGUCAAACUUUUCGAUGUGGUUCAAGACCCAACUUCCAAGAUCCCGGCAUUGGUGUCCGAAAAGGUUAACAACGUAGACUUCCGCGUGUUGUAUCCAAAGCUUGGAAUUGAAGACAUUAAGUUUUACUUUACCCAGCUAUUGAUCGCACUAGACUAUUCACAUUCCAUGGGUAUAAUACACCGUGAUGUCAAGCCUCAGAAUAUAAUGAUUGACCCAGUCAACAGGAAGUUGAAGCUUAUUGAUUGGGGGUUGGCCGAGUUUUACCAUAAGGGAAUUGAUUUCAACGUCCGUGUUGCUUCUAGGUACCACAAGGGCCCUGAAUUGUUGGUCAACCUACAGCAGUAUGACUACUCUUUGGACCUCUGGGCUGUUGGUGCCAUGAUUGCAGCUAUAGUGUUUAAAAAGGAACCUUUCUUCAAAGGAGAUUCCAAUAAUGACCAAUUGGUCAAGAUAGCCAAAGUUUUGGGUACCAAGGAACUCUUGGCAUACUGUCAGAAGUACGGAAUCAAGCUUUCCACUGACUAUGAUAGUAUCUUAGGUAACUAUCCGAAGAGGCUAUGGAAAUCGUUCGUUAACAGUGGUAAUCGCAGCCUAAGUGAGGCUCCUUAUGUGAUUGAUUUGGUUGACCACCUACUACGCUACGAUCAUCAAGAGAGAUUGACCGCUAAAGAAGCCAUGGAGCAUCCUUUUUUUAAGGAGUAA